UAUUUUCGCAGUAAAAUUCCCAUUACUUUGUGCUCUAAAAAUUGAAAAAAUUUCGCGUUGACCGUUGGUUUUCUUUAUUAAAUUCGUUAGUAGUAAUCAUGAGCGAAUUUAUGAAAACUUAUGCUGAAAAACGAUUGAGUAUAACACGUGAAACGGAACUAUUACAAAGUUUCGUUAGAGUCAACGUUACAGAAAAUGAUUUAUCAGAAAACGAAGCCGAAGAAAAAGAUGAAGUUCAAAAAACAGAAGAAACAGACACGAAAAGCAAACAGACAAUACCUGACGAAACAACGAAAAAGUUAUCGAAACAAUUCGUGGAAGAAUCAAAGAAGAAAGGUAGAAGAAGAAGGCGACGCAACGGUCCGAAAUAUGAAGAAAUUUAUUGUGAUAAAGAUCGUGCAGCGGCCGUGAAUCUUGGUUCUAAAGAUAUCAAACAUUCUUUGAGAUUGAAAAGAAAACAAGAUCGUUCGAAAGCUCUACAAAUUCCCGAAGAAGCGGAACCCGGAACGUUUUUGGCUUUAGGAAAUUACGAGAUGUGCAGAGGAGACAUACGGAUUGCUAUCGGCUUUAUUUCUAAGGCUUUAGAAUUAAAUCCCAACGAAAAGAACGCUCUUGUCGCAAGAAGUAAGUGCUACAUUCUACUUGGUCAACCAAAAAACGCGUUGGAAGACGCGGAACUGGCUUUAAAAAUCGACAAGAACUUCAUUAAAGCUAUUUACCAAAAAGCCGAAGCUUUAUAUUAUUUGGGAGAUUUUGAAUUGAGUUUGGUGUUUUAUCAUAGGGGAUUGCACGUUAGACCAGAUCACGAAGGCUUCAAAUUAGGUGUACAAAAAGCUCAAAACGCCAUCGAAAACGCAAUUGGUAGUUUCGCUACAUUCAAAGGUAUAAACAAAUCUUUGACAUCUGUAAAUGAAGAGGAAAAGAGAAACGACAGUAAAACGAGUAAAGGAAGUGGUAAAAGCACCUCCGUCGGGAGUUACGCGUCGAAGAAAACCAGACUUCUGCGAGAAUUGGAAGUAGAUAAAGAAUAUUUAGAUCAUCUAAUGAAUAAUCCAGAUAUUAAAUGCAAGUUUAAACAGAAGAAUGAUUCCAUCGAACGAUGUAUUAAAGAUACCGUUGAUUAUUUGACAGAGCGACAAGAGUUUUGGCGACAACAAUUACCUCCUAGAUACAAAUAAGAUCAAAAAUAAUAGUACCUUCUAGUGUCAUACUGAGGACAAUUAUUAUAAUGGGUGGCGCAACAAAACGCAUGAAUUUCAGUUGAGCUAGUUGUUUUGUAGGUUAGGGCGUCCAGUUUUAGUAGCAAUGACGCAGCGGACCAUGGUUCUUCGCGUUUUCUUCAAAAGUAUUGAAUCUGGAUCAGUUAUAAAGCGGAAAUCGUUUGGUCUUCCUCGCACGCCGCGAAUUCCACAAAAUGUCGACAGAAUUGGAGCGUCGGUUCUUCAAAGUUCUCUCCACCAGGCGGCGCGCUCCAACUCUUAACUUGCUUCGACGCUCGCAGCAAGUAGCGUAUCCUGAACGAUGAUUGGAAAACUUCGAAAAAAGACUUUUGAUGUAUAUAGACGUAGAAGGACGCCAUUUGUUUGAAUUAAUUUUCUAAAAGAGAUCAGUUCACUACAAACAGUUCAUAUCGAUUUUCC